AUGCGUGCAAUAAGACCCUUCUCUGUGAAGCUGAAUGAUGGAUACUUCAUGCCUGUUCUGGGACUCGGCACCUCAGCUCCUCAUAAGGUUGCUAAGAGUCCGGUGGAAAAGGCUGUUGAGAAAGCAAUUGAUGUAGGCUAUCGCAGUAUUGAUUCAGCCUAUAUAUACCAAAAUGAAGAAGAGAUUUGGAGAGCCAUCAGGAAGAAGAUUGCCAGUGGCACUGUGAAGAGAGAGGACAUAUUCUACGCUUCAAAGCUGUGGUGCACUUUUUUCCGUCCAGAAUUGGUCCAAAUUUAUCUGGAAGAGUCACUGAGGAAACUUCAACUGAGCUAUGUGGAUCUUUUUCUCAUUCAUUUCCCAGUAGCUUUGAAGCCUGGGAAGGACAUUUUCCCGAAGGACACAGAUGGGAAAACUAUUUUUGACACAGUGGAUUUCUGUACCACCUGGGAGGCCCUGGAGAAGUGUAAGGACGCAGGAUUGGCCAAGUCCAUUGGUGUGUCCAACUUUAACUGCAGGCAGCUGAACAUGAUUCUGAACAAACCAGGGCUCAAGUAUAAGCCUGUCUGCAACCAGGUAGAGUGUCACCUGUACCUCAACCAGAACAAACUGCUGGACUUCUGCAAGUCCAAGGACAUUGCCCUCGUCGCGUUUGGUAUCCUGGGCUCUGACCCAGAGAAGGAGUGGGUGAGCAAGAACUACCCAGUUAUCCUGGAGAACCCAGUAAUCAAUGCCAUUGCUGAGAAGCACCAGCGAACCCCAGCUCAGGUGUCCCUGCGCUACCAGCUGCAGCGGGGGGUGAUAGCCCUGGUCAAGAGCUUCACCGAGAAGAGAAUCGAAGAGAACUUCCAGGUGUUUGAUUUCCAGUUGACGCCAGAGGAUAUGAAAACCCUAGAUGGCCUCAACAGAAACCUUCGCUAUUUUAAAGAUGAUGUGUUUGCUGAUCACCCAGAUUAUCCAUUUAAUGAUGAAUAUUAA